AUGCAAGCCUACCUCGAGUCCCCCGGCGAUGCCGGCACCGAGCCCCUGGCCGGCUCUUCCCCCCACGCGGCCUUCGACCAGACCGCCCUGACGGCUGGCAGCCCGGCCAUCGACGACCAGUCUGACGAUGAGUCCUCCCCCUCGGCCGACGGGUCGAUCGGGCCGCUGACCGACGACAUGCGCGCCGCCCGCAUGCAAAAGGGCCAGUGCAUGUACUGCGGAAAGCACAGCGCCACGCUUCCCUGCAUGCGCCUCGUUCGCCGGGGCGUCCCUCCACUUCAGGCCUUCCGGCCCCCCUCGCUGCAGGACCAUGCCCGGCAGCAGCGCGAUCGGGCUCUCAACCGGCUGUGCAUGAUUUGCGGCGGUCACCCGAACAAUGUCCAGUGCAUGCAGAUGCUGCGCAUGGGCCGAGUCCUGGAUCUGACCACCGGCCGGUAUUCCCUCACUCAGGAGGAGCGCAACCGCCGGACCGCCUCCGGACUGUGCUCCUACUGCGGCGUGCACCCGAGCAGUGCUCCCUGUCCGACGCGGCCGGCCCACGUGCAAAACGGCCUGGACCCGAUGUCGGCCCCGACGGCCGUGUCGCUGACGGCCUCCGGGGCGGCCGGCGCCCAGGUGGCCGUGUCGGAUCCGUCCAUGCAGCCGGCCGGCCAGUCGCCGGCUGCCCUGGCGCCCGCCUCUUCGCAGCAAUCGGGCCAGCGCCGUCACCGUGGCCCCCUGUCGGCGGAGGAGCGCGAGCGUCGCAUCAAGGCCGGCCUUUGCCUCUACUGUGCCGAGCACAGCAGCUAUGUCCCCUGCCAGCAGCGGCCGCUGAGCAAGUUCCCCGCCGCCGGCGGGCAGCCUCGCAAUGCCGGGGCCCCGCGCCCCCCGGCGCCGCACAUUCUGCAGCAUCCUCGCGGCGCCCAGGGCAACGCCUAUCAUGGCACCAUGCCGGGAGCCGGGUUCCCGGCCGGCGGGGGAAUGCCCCUCGCCCCGCAGGCGGCCUAUGGCCUGGCCUACCAGGCGGACGGCGUGCCACAGGGGGGAAUGGCGUCCGGGCGUCCGGGGCCCCGGCACCCCGGUGCUCGGCCGCGUGCCCCGCACCAUCACUCGGUGACUGGUGCCGGUGUGUCGAUGUCGGCCACCGCCGCCACCCCCACCGGGGGCAGCGAGUAA